AUGGCCGGCGAAUCCACGUCUCCAGAGGCUCUUCCGUCGGGACCGGCGGCGAAGACGGGCAGGGAAGAGAUGGCCGCUGACACCUUCCCAGCAGGGCUGCGUGUGCUCGCCGUCGAACACGACCGCGUCUGUCGCAAGGUCCUAGAGAGGCAGCUGCAGUAUUGCAACUACAACGCGACAAUGGUGACGAACGCCCAGACGGCGUUGGACAUGCUCAGGGAGAGGAAGGAAUACGGGAACCAGUUUGACCUGGUGAUCAGCAACGUCGUCAUGCCCAAGCCCAACAUGGACGGCUUCAAGCUCCUCGAGCUCAUCGGCCUGGAGAUGGAUCUCCCGGUCAUCUUGCUAUCUGCAAACAGUGAGACACAGACUAUAAUGAAAGGGAUAAAGCAUGGAGCCUGUGAGUAUAUGGUAAAGCCGGUGCGCCUCGAACAGCUUAGGGGCAUAUGGACACAUGUGGUGAAGAAUAGUAAGACUGAUCAUGCUAUUCGUAAGGUCCAGUGGUGUGGUGAGCUACACCAGAAGUUUGUACAAGCUAUCAAUCAGAUUGGCAUGGACAGGGCUGUUCCUAAGAAGAUAUUAGAAGUCAUGAAUGUGGAAGGCCUUACUAAAGAGAAUGUCGCUAGUCAUCUACAGAAGUACAGAAUCUACCUCAGGAAGCUCAGCGAGGGCACACUAAGGAAUUAUAAUCCAUUUGCUGAUGAAACUGAAGCACUAUGGAGAAACAAGAAUGUCCCAUUCUUCAUUGGCUCUCCAAGCUCAAGCAACCAUUUUGCAAAGAUGAAUUCCUUAUCUGCAAUUGGAACACAAGCUUUGCUGCCCACAGAGUCAGUUCAGGUCAUGAGCUCCCAGAAAAACCUAGGCAUUCCUCAGCCAAACAUGAAACCAGUUGGCCACAGUAUCCACCUGCCCAAAAAUGUUGUGCCUAUGCCAGUGCAGGAUAUCAACAGAUUCAUCUCUCCUGGCUACGCACCUAUAUCGAGUGGUGGGCUGCCGGGUGCAAUCCAGUGCUUCCCUUCUGGUCCUUCUGGCAGCUCCUUUGCAAAUAGUUCAAAUAGUGUGGUGCUGAACACAAGCAAACCGUUCUCUGUUGAUAGUUCUGGGACUACAUUUGCAAAUCUCUCAAAUGACAGUCCACCAUUGACCUCAAACAUGUCCUUCUCUUCGUCUCAUUCCUGCAGCUCCUAUGCGAGCAUAUUGCGUGGCAUGAUUUUGGGUUCAAUCAGAGGUAUUCCUUUCGAAGACAUAUCAGAUGGUGAGAUGUUGGCUCCUUCUGCUCAUUUACCAUUGCAGUCUCCUGACUUGGUGACCCAGCCUUCGGUUCAACUUCAAUCAUGUUCUGCUGGCCAAUUUAACAAGGUUGCCAGCGAAGUUCACCAAAUUGCAGGACCUAGCAACUCCUGGAAAGCUGCUGCGCCAUCAAGGUUUUCUGAUCUUGGUCAUAAUGUUGGAAUGUCUGAAGAUCCCUCGCAGGGUAACAUUUUCAAGAUCAACCAAUUGUCAAGAUUUGCAGGCUCCUCUGGACAGAUUCCAACUUUCAGAAAUGAGUAUGAGAAGAAAUUUGCAGGAAUCACAGGGAACUCUGUACCAAUGGUAGGUUUCAAAGAGCAGGCGGCAGCAUGCGGUUUUGGAAACAACACACACUCUACAGCGACGCUGAUUGACAAUUCUGCUUUGGCUAGUUCUUCAAACACCAUACCUGACCUUCAGAUAGACAAUUCUGCUAUUCCGACCCAGGUGCUGAAUGGCGGUGGUGCAAGUGGCAACCUGCAUGUAGGUAGCACCGUCAAUCAGCAAGCUGUUAGAGACCAACUCAAUAACAUCAAUAAAUUCCUCAUGGGAACAAGUGAGACACAGAAUGAGGAGAGCGAUGACUUGGAUUAUAUCCUUGCUUACUUUAACCAAGAUUUUGUCAACAAUGGUGAUUCUUUCAUCGAUGGGGACAGGGAGUUUGCUUCUUGA